AUGCCGCCUCCCAUCGAGGACAUCUCCGACGAGGAGUCCGGCGACAUCCCAUUCGAUGACAAGAACGGCACCGCCGAUGAUGCGAACAAUGCUGAUGAGGUUGAUGCCGAAGACGAAGAGGAUGAUGACGACGAGGAGGAGGCAGAGGACGUGUAUGUCGUUGAGAGGAUUGAGCGCCAUGAUUGGAUGGACGAUGGUUCAUUCAAGCUCCUCGUGAAGUGGAAAGGCUGGGAUGAGCCAGAAGACCUUACUUGGGAACCUGAGUCAUCCCUGAAAUCGGGCGCCAAGGCAAUCUUGGACGCGUACUACAAGAAGAUCGGUGGACGCCCCAGGAGGAACGCUCCAAAACCUACCGCCAAGGCUGGACCGGGUCGCAAACGCAAGUCGAUGGGCAAGACCAAGGAGACUUCGGCAUUCGCCGAACCCACCGAGCACAAGCGACACCGGAAAUCCUCAGCGCCUGCAACAGAGGAGACGCCCACAGAAACGGCCGCGGACAGUGAGGAAGAUGACCUCAGCUGGACGCCAAAGGGCAAAGACUGGGGUAGUCAACUGGAGAAAGUUGACACCAUCAUAAGGGACCAGGAUAGCAAGAUGCUGUUUGCAUUCCUGCUGUGGAAGAAUGGAAAGCGCUCUCGUGUUGCACUUGAAAUGUGCUAUGACAGAUGCCCACGCCAGAUGCUUCAAUUCUACGAGAAUCAUUUAGUCUUCAAGGAGACCUGA